AGUAAUAUGAAAUUACAAAAAUAAAAAAUGUAGCGAGUAUUAUGAAACGGAGGAAGUAUUACCAUAGCCUAAUUAAGUAAUUAUGUUCUAUGUCUCUAUAUUUGGAUCGAAUACCUAUUUACUUGUAGUACAACACUACUUUUGUCGCACAUUUUUUGAACUUUUUGAAAUUGUACCAUUCUGGAAAAAUUACAACUUCCCCAACAUAUCUCUCUCCACCUUUACUCUUUAAUAGUCAUAUUAGAACAUUUGUAAAAACUAAAAUCCAAAAUUCUUUUUUAAAUUGAAUAAUAAUCACCCAAUAAUUAUUUAAUUUAACUACCAACAAAUCACAUGAUCCUAGAUCUCUCACCUGCUACUGCUUCACACUAUCUCCAUUCUUUUUCAUUUAUGGGCAUUUGCCAUUCUUCUAUAUACAUCACAUUGCAUCUGGGUUUUGCAACCUUCAGAUUUGUUCACAUCUUCCAUCUUUUAAUUCAUUUUUCUAUUUUUAAAUGAAUCUGUUUAUUGGGUUUUCUUUUUGGUGAAGAAAAUAGUUAUAUUCUGGGUAUAGUUUUAGAUUUUAGGAAUAUUUUUUUAAUUUGUUGUAAUAUUGUAUGAAUCCCCAAUUUGAUUUUGGCUGGUAUUAUGGAAAAUUUUGAUGAAUUGUUGAUGUUGGGUUUUUUUGUUUAUACAGUAUUUGAUCAAGUUCAACAGCUCUUAAAACAAGAAAGUAAUUAAGGUUAGCUUAAAUAUUUGUAGGCAAAUUAGGGUUUCCAUCAUCACUAAAUCUGCUAUUUUUUGGAUUUUCAUUUUGACAUUGGUGGUUAUAGACAAAUUGGGUUGUUGUUAAUUAAUCUUUUUUCGGUUCGAUUUGUGCUCUGAAAGAAGGUUUUUAUUACUAAAAUUAGGGUUACAACUAUAUAUUUUGAGCAAUUAAAAGGCAAGAGGUGGUUUGUAUUGGUGUUUUAGAUUAGAGAAGAUAUUGAUUGAUUGGUAGAAAUGGCUAUAGGUUCACCCAAAUACUAUUCUUCCACAUCUAAUUAUCCAAGAGCAUUGUCUUCUAUAAUAACCUCAGUUGGAUUACUGGCUGUUUUCAUUACUCUGACUUCAUGGAUCUUAUUGUCGUACCCUAUUGGCACCGUUGUUCGAAGUUACUUUUAUGGGGUUGAUCAGACGAGCGAUUUAGAGUUACCCAUGUCUUGGGAAGUUGCAAACAAAAGUCGAGUUCAUGGUGAGGGAAAGUCUGAGGGUACAAGCGAAAUUAGUCACGAUCAAAAUUUGGAUGAUGUACAACAAAAGGAUGUUUCUUUAUCUUCUAAAAAUGGUACACUGUCUAGGGAAGAAGUUAUUGAGAAAACUAUACCAAUAGAGGAUAAUCAUUCGUUGAGAAAUGGUGAUGUUGGUUUGCCAAAGUCGAAGGGUACAUCCAAACUCGGUCAAAAUCAACAUACGAAAGAUGUUCAGCAAAAGGGUAUUUCUUCUGAUAAUAAUACAAUGUCUGGGGAACAAGUCAUUGAGAAGCCUGUACCGGAAAAGGAUAAAGAUUCGAUGAAAAAAGAUGACGCAAAUUUGCCAAAGUUUGAGGGCACAAGUGAAGACAGCCGAAAUCAAAAUGUGGAAGAUAGUACAGUGCCUAGGGAACAUGCCACUGAUAACCCUAAACCGACGGAGGAUAUUGAUUCGAAAAAAACGGACUUGAACAAUGCUACUUCUGCUGGCUUACCUAAAUCAGAGACUACAAUUGAUAACAUUGACAGCAAAGAACCAGUUGCUUCCGAGUGUGACUUGUACCAUGGUGAAUGGUUCUACGAUUCUGCUGGGCCAUUGUACACAAGCAGCUCAUGCCCUAUUAUCACUCAAAUGCAAAAAUGCCAAGAAAAUGGAAGGCCUGACAAGGAUUAUGAGAACUGGAGAUGGAGGCCGGCUCAGUGCGAACUUCCGAGAUUCAAUGCAACCAAAUUUUUGGAGUUGAUGAGGGGAAAGACUCUUGCUUUUGUAGGUGAUUCUGUUGCAAGAAAUCAGAUGGAAUCUCUAACAUGCUUACUGUGGCAGGCUGAAGUGCCCAAAAACCGAGGCAAUCGCCAUAUGCAACGCUGGAAUUUUAGAUCAUAUGACUUUAUGAUAGUUCGGGUUUGGUCCUCAUGGCUUGUCAAUGUAACAUCGGAAGCUCUUGGAGAGAUUCCUGAGGGAAUUCCUAAGCUGCACCUUGAUGUCCCUGACGAAACUUUUUUGCAUCACAUCCCGAAAUUCGACGUGGUUGUCCUUUCUUCUGGUCAUUGGUUUGCGAAACAAUCGAUCUACGUGUUGAAUAAUGAGAUAGUCGGAACCCAGUUAUGGCCUCCACCGGCACAUUUGCCGAUGAAGAUAAAUAAUGUCGAAGCAUUCGCAAUUUCUGUUGAUACAAGCUUGACUGCCAUGGUUACACAUCCUAAUUUUACAGGGCUGACCAUUCUACGGGCGUACUCACCUGAUCAUUACGAAGGUGGUGCGUGGAACACUGGAGGGUCAUGCACGGGAAAGGUGGGUCCCACCUCGCCAGGUCAGUUGGUGGAAAACAAGUUCACCAAUUCCAUGCACGAGAAACAGGUUUCGGGUUUUAACAAGGCCAUCAAGAAGCAGACAAACCGCUCAAAACUAAAGUUAAUGGAUAUCACCGAGCCUUUCUCAUAUCGUCCAGAUGGUCAUCCGGGACCAUACAGGAGCCCCGACCCAAAUAAAAUCACACAGCGAGGACCAGACGGGAAGCCACCGCCACAGGAUUGCUUACAUUGGUGUAUGCCAGGUCCAAUCGAUACCUGGAACGAGUUUCUGCUUGAAGUCAUAAGACAAGAACUCUCUUAACUGACAUUGUAAGACGACAGUCCUGCCUUGUGCCGUGCUGCCCUGUAUCCGAGCCUGACUAACUGCGAUCAUUACUAGGUAGUCUAUGAUAUUUCCCGACUCAUAAAUAGUAAUACAUGUAAAGUUUGUUGUUUCCAUAGGAGCAAGACAGGGUCUUUUCUUUCCCUGAAUCGCCCGCUUACGAUGAUUUAUGAGGAAUGAUUCUUGUUUGUUUCAUCAAUCAUAUAGAGGCCAGUUUUUAGCCUGAUAUAGUAGUUUUUUGUCAUUGACUUGUCAAUUUUUGUAACUUAAGUAUCAAACUCCAGGAAGGUUCUUAUAGAUGAUUGCAGUUCUGUAUUAUUACUAUUAUUAUUAACUUAUCAUUAUCUUACUUAUUUUGAUAGUCCUUACAUUACACCUCAUCUGUAGGUUAAGAUUUGUUUAUUAACACAAAAUUCUAAGGUCAAAGAGAGUUAUCUUUCUUUGGAAUACCAACUUCCAAAAGUGGACUAAUAUUUUGAUUCGUUUUAAUCCUCAAAGAAGCUUAAUAUUUUAGUUCAGAUGAACGACUACUGAAACUAAUUUAUUGGUUCAUAUAGUCAGCCUUAAUCUUUUAAUAUUAAGAUUUUGCAUCAUCUCUAUGGUUUUAAAAGGAAUACUUGCCCUUAAUAUUGUAAUUUGAGAAAUUAUUUUUCGCUUUACGUUGAUAGGAAAUUUAUUUUUCAUAGUACCAUCCAUGUAGGAUGAUUCUUUUUUAAAAAAAUUUUAUCAGAUUAAAUCGCUACCUGAGAUGGCGGUUUCAUAUUAAUACCAAACCGCCACCUCAGAUAACAGUUUGGUCUAGUUUGUUCCUUUUUAAAAAUAUUUUUUAUUACUAAACCGCUACCUGAGAUGGCGGUUUGGUCUAACGUAUUAAAAAAAAUACGCGGAUUUAAAGUUAUUUUUUUAUACGGUCUAAUAAAUAUCCAAUAUGAAUUAAAUAAGCGU